GCGCUUACUUCAGCAAGUGCUGAUUUAUAAUCCAGUCUCCUGACUUGGGACUUGGGAGCUCUUUCUGAUAGGAGCAGGAUUCAGGGACGCCGCGACAUUCAUCAUAUCCAGACGAAAGUUCAAAAGAGUGGACUGAGAUCUAAAGCAAAAUGGGGAGGAUUCAGUAUCUGGCCAUGAAAACUGAUCCGAUGACAACCGAGUUGAUUAGUUCCGACAUGAAGGAACUCGGAAUUGCCGCGAAGAAGCUUGCCAAUGAUGCUAUCAAAUUGGGAGGCUUAGGGUUUGGAACUUCCUUUCUCGGAUGGGUUGCUUCCUUCGCUGCAAUUUAUUUGUUGAUUUUGGAUCGAACGAACUGGAGGACAAAAAUGCUGACUUCACUUUUAGUGCCUUACAUUUUCUUCAGCCUUCCUUCGGUAUUAUUUAACUUGUUAAGAGGAGAGGUUGGAAAAUGGAUUGCUUUCAUUGCAGUUGUAUUACGGCUCUUUUUCCCACGGCACUUCCCAGAUUGGCUCGAGAUGCCUGGAUCCGUGAUUCUUCUUCUGGUGGUGUCACCUAGUUUCUUUGCACAUACCCUGAGGAGCAGCUGGGUUGGUAUCGCUAUAUGUUUGUUAAUUGGGUGUUAUCUGCUGCAAGAGCACAUCCGUGCGUCUGGUGGGUUCAGAAAUUCCUUCACACAGAGCCACGGCAUCUCAAACACUGUUGGAAUUAUUCUUUUGUUGAUUUAUCCUGUCUGGGCCUUGGUACUUCACUUUCAUUAGGCUCCCUUGUGUUGCAGCUGCGGAUUAUUUUCUGGUUGUGAUCUGAACAAACAUUUCGUUUGUAUCAUUUUUUUGUUAGACCUGCAAAUCUAUUGUCGUUAUGGAUUUUAAGUUUAGCACUACAGGUUGCAUUUUUUUCUACA